UCUCCCAUAAACCAAACACUCCCCAUAAAGAUAUCAGGCUGUUCACGUCUUCUCUCUCCUCCCACCCAAAAUUCCUUUCGAUUUUCGGAAAUCAAUUUGCCCUAAAUAAAAUCUUCACUAAUUGGUACCAAAUCUCAAACAAUUGAAACCCUAGAAUCCAAAAUUCUCUGUUAAAAGUAGAAAGAAAUUUAAUUGAUUUCCUGAAACAAAAAAAAAAAUUGGCAAUUUUUUUGCUGGUGUUUACAAUUGAAGAAUUAAAUAAAAAAGGAGCAGACGCAUGAGCUGGUCGGUAUUAAAUCUGGGGAUUACUUCGAAUUCAAAUCACUUUAUUACUUGUCUUUUGAUCUUUAUUCUUCAUUAUUCACCUCAAUUAGGUCCUUCUUUGUUGUUUAAUCUUAAUAAACAACAAUUUACUUCUUCUUCUUCAUCAACGACGUCGUUUUCCUCCAAUUCUACUUUAAUUCUUCAUCUUCUUCAGUUUAGUAAUAGCAGAUCAUCAUCUUUUUCUUCAUAUAAUGGAGCUCAGAAACAAGAAUAAUCGUCAAUUACGUCAAGGUCUAUGCUUCUCAAGAACGGAGGGGAGGCAGGCUGCCUCACCUUCUGUCAUAGUUAUAGGUGCUGGUAUGGCUGGUAUUGCUGCAGCUCGUGCUCUCUAUGAUGCUUCUAUACAGGUAACUGUGCUGGAGUCGCGCGAUAGAGUUGGAGGUCGGGUAUGCACAGACUACACAUUUGGUUUCCCUGUUGACUUGGGUGCAUCAUGGUUGCAUGGAGUCUGCAAUGAGAAUCCCUUGGCACCUUUGAUUGGUAGACUUGGCUUACCUCUUUAUCGCACUAGUGGAGACAACUCUGUUUUAUAUGACCAUGAUUUAGAGAGUUAUGCUCUUUUUGAUAUGGAGGGGAAUCAAGUACCGCAGGAGCUUGUUGUCAAGGUUGGCGAAGCAUUUGAAAAUGUUUUAAAAGAGACUGAUAAAGUACGAGAGGAAUGCAAUGAGGACAUGUCUAUAAAGCGAGCUUUUUCAAUGGUCUUUGAAAGGAGACCAGAUUUGAGGUUAGAGGGGCUUGCUCACAAGGUACUACAGUGGUACUUGUGUAGGAUGGAGGGCUGGUUUGCAGCUGAUGCUGAGACCAUAUCUCUGAAGUGCUGGGAUCAGGAAGUGCUGCUCCCUGGUGGACAUGGGCUUAUGGUGCGAGGCUACCUUCCUGUUAUCAACACACUUGCCAAGGGUCUAGAUAUACGCUUGAACCACAGAGUAACAAAGGUCACAAGGCAUCAUAAUGGGGUGAAGGUAAUGGUAGAAAACGGCGGUACAUUUAUUGCUGAUGCUGCAGUUAUUGCUGCUCCUCUUGGUGUUUUGAAGGCUAAUUUAAUUAAGUUUGAGCCAAAGCUUCCAGAUUGGAAGGAGGAUGCCAUCUCUAAUCUAGGAGUUGGAAUUGAGAAUAAGAUAAUUUUGCACUUUGAAAAGGUCUUCUGGCCAAAUGUGGAGUUUCUAGGUGUUGUUGCUGAUACUUCAUAUGGGUGUAGCUACUUCCUUAAUCUUCACAAAGCUACUGGUCAUCCGGUUCUGGUUUAUAUGCCUGCUGGAAAGUUGGCCAAGGACAUCGACAAAUUGUCUGAUGAAGCCGCUGCAGGUUUUGCUGUUCAGCAGUUGAAAACAAUACUUCCUGAUGCAUCAGCACCUAUUCAGUAUUUGGUGUCACAUUGGGGCUCCGAUGUGAACUCUCUUGGUUCCUACAGCUAUGAUACAGUUGGGAAGCCUCAUGAUUUGUAUGAGAGACUUAGGGUUCCAGUAGAUAACUUAUUUUUUGCGGGGGAGGCCACAAGCUCAAGUUUUCCUGGUUCAGUUCAUGGUGCAUAUGCAACUGGCCUACAAGCCGCUGAGGACUGCAGAAUGCGUGUCCUAGAACGGUAUGGCGAGUUGGACUUGUUCCAGCCAGCUAUGGGUGAUGAUUCUUUCAGUGUCCCCCUCCUUAUUUCUAGAAUGUGAUCACAUUGAUAAUGGUCCUCCCAAAUGGAGUUAGUAUUCAUCUGUUAUGUGUUGAAAGUGUGCAGCUUUGGUUAAUGCCAACAGCUGAUUAUGCUCGAUAGCGUAUCUUCUCUGUAAACAAACUUCGAUAAUAUAUGUAUGAACAACUUUCCUUGA